GUGUUUUCAAUUGACGACAGUCUAUUGAGUUUCAUUCAUUUCAACCACCUUGCUGAUAAGGAUUCCAAUGGCAUAAAGAGCUUACUAGACUAUCAUCAGAGAUCCGAUGUGCAACAUCUGGUUAUAAUUGAGAAUUGGUGUCUGUCACUUCAAGACGCAAAACUGAAAGCCGGUGUACAUAGAAAAGAGAAAGUCGAGCAUAGUCUUGGUAUUCUGGUGGAAUGCUUAGCUCAUUUGGCUGGAAUCUGGAACCUGCCAGGAAUUCCAAGAUCGAUAGCCCUACCUAUCGAAAAUACGACUUUUUCCAUUGGACUGAUUUAUAAUCAUCUUGCAGCCUUGAUCUGCUUUGCGGAGAGUCAAGGAGGCUGUGUUGGUCACGUCCUACCAGAAUUUCUCAUGGCCUAUGAAGACUACAAAGAGUGGAUUCAGUGUGGACGUCCAGGUGGAUUAGAAGGAGAUUUCAAAUUGAACAUGCCUAAUGAAUCAAUAUCGGAGACUAAGGUUAUCACUCCAGUGAUCUUUUCACCCUCUGACCAUGGAGAAACAGUGUAUCGAUUCCCAGCGGCUACUCCUAUGGAUAAAAUUACAUUUGAAAGAGUUUCAAAAGUUGCUUGGACGUCUCUAUUUCUACAGUUACUGAAAGCUUUAGUGGUCGGUCAAGGAGCAGAAGCAAGGCUCCUCCAGUGGGUCAAUAAAUCCGUGAAGAGUAGUUGGACACGAUUAUGUGAAGUCAAUAAGCAGACAGAGAAACCUAUGCAAUAUGCGCUUCAUCCUCCAAAGGUGACAAAUUUCGGGGAGGAUUUUGCAAGUGGACUCGCUCUCGUCACAGUUAUUGCCAAUUACGCGCCCUUUUUAAUCGACGAACUUUUCCUUCAACUGAAUCUAAACCCUCAAAGUCAAGAACACAAAUUUCACAAUGCUGUACAAAUUGUAAAAUCUUUUCGCAUUCUUCAAGUGGAUGUGUCUAUUACUGCAGAGGAGAUCUGUAAUCCGAAUGAAGUUCAAAUGAUCCUGGUAUUGUCUAACCUCUAUCGAACGCUUCCCGACUAUCAAAUUCAGUCUGAAAUCAAACUGACAGGAAAACUCAAUGCCUAUGUACUGGAAUAUUUAACACUUUCCAAUCCAACUAAUCGGAAGUUGACGUAUAGUUGUUUUUAUGUUGGAAAAGAUGCCAAGAGCUUCUACUUUAAUAAGGAAUCAAAUAAGAAACAAACGUAUGAAAUGGAGUUAUUGGCGAAUGGGCGGUCAACUUUGGAAAUAGGAUAUUUAGUUCAAAAGGCUUGUGAAACAGAAGCUUGGCUCAUUAUGGUGUCCAAGAUGGAUGCUCAAGCUACAAAGGGUCUAAGAAUGACUUUUCGACUGAUCGGCAGGGCUGCAGAAAUUCACUCUGAGGAAGUUUUCACUUUCAAAACAUUCUGCUAUCAACCUGUCGUUAAAGUUCUCCAAAUAUGCAACCCCUUCAAGAACGAAGGCGUAUUUAGUGUUCGCGUUAUGGAAUCAAGUCCAUGCUCAAAUCGGCUACGAGGAUUCACUUGCCACACGAAGGAAGCCAAGUUCUCCCAAAGUAGUCAGACCAGCUUGGAGGUUGCUUUUCAUCCCUUCAGUGUUGACAACUAUUCUGGAAGGUUGAUAUUCUCAAAGGAAAACAGGGAUGAAUUCUCAGUCGAACUUCAAGGACAUUCUCGUUACCCAAAUUUAGAAGAUUUACCAAAUAUUGAGACAUACAGAUUGGCGCUUCCUAUUGAAAAUGAUCGACACCUGACUCUUCAGUUGCCAUUGAAGAACAACUUAAGAUGUGAAGCAAUAAAAUGGGUAGCAAAUUAUUGCAUUUCAUCAGUAGAAUCCGGAAAAGAAGAUGCCAUUGAAAGCAGAUCGGAAGUUGCAUCCAAGUUCUUAAUGUUAAAUCAAUUUGAACAACUUUCAUUUAGAAAAAGAAUACGCUUUGACGUGAGAUGCGAUUCAGAACAAUUCCGAGCUCCGAGUUACAUUGAUGUUGAUUUCAAGAAAGAAGAGGGUACGUAUUCGUAA